CACUGGAUAUAUGCAGAGUGCUAAACGGGAUGUGGCAGACUAGCGGCGGUUGGGGCCGAAUCGAUAGAGACGACGCCGUCGAGGCCAUGCUUCGUUACGCCGACGCCGGCCUAUCUACCUUCGACAUGGCCGAUCACUGUUCUUGAGCACUUUGGAAAUGUCAGAGUUGUUGCGGCAUUCUUUGGGCAAAUUCACUUUCAGUCCAAAUGGAACACCAACUAGGAGAGGAAUAGUAGUAACACCAAAAUAUAGGCAUCUGAGGCCGUUUCAAUGUGUGUGCACACAGGAUAAUCGAAGCAUUGUCGUGAAGAAUGGCAAUGAUUCUCUGGAUAUAUGCCGGGUUGUGAAUGGAAUGUGGCAGACCAGUGGCGGGUGGGGCAGAAUUGAUAGGGAUGAUGCUGUUGAUGCUAUGCUUAAAUAUGCUGAUGCUGGACUCACGACUUUUGAUAUGGCUGAUAUAUAUGGACCUGCUGAAGAUUUAUAUGGGAUUUUCAUCAACCGAGUUCGUCGUGAGCGUCCUCCAGAAUUAUUGGAGCAGAUCAGAGGUCUCACUAAGUGGGUGCCUCCGCCAGUUAAGAUGACUGCUAGCUAUGUAAAAGACAGCAUCAAUGUUUCAAGGAAGAGGAUGGAUGUAGAAUCCUUGGACAUGCUUCAGUUCCAUUGGUGGGAUUAUUCAAAUCCAGGCUACUUGGAUGCGCUAAAACACCUUACAGACUUGAAAGAAGAAGGUAAAAUUAAGACCGUGGCUCUGACAAAUUUUGAUACAGAGAGGUUACAGAUUAUUCUUGAAAAUGAGAUUCCUGUUGUAAGCAAUCAGGUACAACACUCACUUGUCGAUAUGCGUCCUCAACAAAGAAUGGCAGAGCUUUGUCAGCAUACAGGAGUCAAACUUAUAACGUAUGGAACGGUAAUGGGUGGUCUAUUGUCUGAGAAGUUCCUUGACACCAACAUAGCUAUUCCUUUUGCUGGUCCUUCAAUAAACACUCCCUCCCUCCAAAAGUACAAAAGGAUGGUAGAUGCUUGGGGAGGAUGGAAUUUGUUCCAGGGACUACUUCGGACUCUGAAACAAGUAGCUUCUAAACAUGGUGUUUCAAUUGCAACGGUUGCAGUGAAGUAUAUAUUAGAUCAGCCUGCUGUAGCAGGAUCGAUGAUUGGUGUCAGACUUGGCUUGUCAGAACAUAUUCAAGACGCCAAUGCUAUAUUUUCUCUUGCUCUUGAUGAAGACGAUGUGGGCAGCAUAAGAGAAGCCACGGCGAAAGGAAAGGAUCUACUAAAAGUGAUUGGUGAUUGCGGAGAUGAAUACAGGCGUGCAUGAGUCAUGUUGGGUUAUCAAACUGGUGAAAUUCUGUGUUUUUUUAUAUAGUACAAGAGCAUGAAAAGGGGGUUGGCGACAGAGGAAAGUGUUCAAGCCCAUUUUUUUGACAGUUGAAUUUCUGUAUGUAAUACUUUUAUGGAUUCCUCCGACUGGUAAAAAGACAAAAUACAUGAAAAGAGAAAGUAAUGAAUUCUCUAAUAUAUUUUUCUCAAA